GAAAAUUGCCCGGAUGUAAAAAUUUAGCGAGUACGACUGUCGAGACUAGCUAUUUAUUGAAUUUUCUGGUUUAAGAAUAUGCCUUGAUAUGCCAGCUAGCUCCUCCGAUUCGGUCACUCCAGUGGAAGCAUCUCUGCGAGCUUCGUUAGGUGGCAAGGACAGUCUUGACCAGCAGCUGGCAGCCUCAUCAACCAAAGUGCUGUUACAAAAAAUUGACUUUACUCCAGCACAGAAAUCCUGCUCUUUUGAACCUGAUAGAAUCAAAGCCAAGUAUGUCCUGCUGAAUCCCAGUGGAGCACCAUCAGAGGCAUUUGAUGGAAAAACUCGCAAAAAGAUGAACCGUGAGUCUGGUAAUACAAAUGGGAAAACAUCAAGUCUCAUCGAAAAAGUACCUGAUGAUGGGAUACCUCCGCCAAAGAUUGUCUUGUUCUCCAAGAAUGUGGACAUGCACUGGAAGGCGGUUCGCAAAGUUGGGGCUGGUCUUCACAAUAUGGGAAACACGUGCUUCCUCAAUUCCACACUGCAGUGUCUUACCUACACUGCACCAUUGGCGAAUUACCUCAUGACAGAUGACCAUCCACAGAAAUGUAAGGUUGUAGGAUUCUGCAUGAUGUGUGAACUACAGCGGCACAUGAGAAGGUGCUUUGAAAAACCAGGAAAUGCCAUUCGACCCCAGACAAUAUUGCUGAAACUGAAUAGUAUUGCUAAGCACAUGCACUGGGGAAGACAAGAGGAUGCCCAUGAGUUCUUGCGUUAUGUUGUCGAUUCCAUGCAGAAGUCUGCCCUAAUUGGAUAUAACAAGUUAGACCGUAUCAGUAAAGAGACCACAGUUGUCAACAAGGUUUUUGGUGGAUUCCUGAGAAGCCAAGUGACGUGUCUGCGAUGUAAGGAGAAGUCAAAUACAUAUGAUCCGUGCAUGGACAUCAGCUUAGACAUAAAGAAUGUGCCAAGCAUUCAGAAAGCAUUUGAAAAGUUUGUUCAUCCAGAGACAUUGGAUUGUGACAACGCAUAUCAUUGCCCGAGGUGUAAAAACAAGGUUUCCGCUACAAAGAGGUUUUCUGUUCACCGGCCACCAAAUGCAUUGACCAUUCAGCUCAAGAGGUUUGACUACAACAAAUCUUUCGGGGGGAAGAUCACUCGGCAUAUACACUUUUCAGACAGACUGGAUAUCAGACCCUACAUGAGUGUAAAUCAUGGCGAACCAGUGAAUUAUCAGCUUUAUGGUGUAUUGGUCCAUUCAGGGAUGGGCUGUACGUCAGGACAUUACUACUGCUAUGUCAAGUCGCCAAGCCAGGUCUGGCAUUGCAUGAAUGAUGCAUCUGUGUCCCAAGUUGGUGCUAGCCGUGUAUUCAACUCGGAAGCCUACCUCCUGUUCUACAAUAGAAUGUUACCAAGGAAACCUCAGAUCACCGAUAUGCCUCAGAAAGUUACUGAGAAUGGGCCCAGGUUGCCUAACAACAUCUUCAAUCCAGCCACGUCAAAAUCUAAUGGACCACUUACCCACAAAGCAAAUGACAUGGGAAUCCCAGUGUCAAGAAAACCCUCGGCAACUGUGACAGGUCCAACCAAGCUGAUAGGACCUCAAAAACCACCAAAUGCUCCAACAACAAUCCCACUUCCCAACAAACGUGAUAAAGUGUCAUUCGGCAUCCGGCCAAUCCACUCAACACCACAGUCAUCCAGUUCACAUAUCGAAUCACAGAAGCCAAGGAUUGUGAUGCAUAUCAAGAAGAAUGGUCAUAGCUAUGCUGUUGAGAAUAAGGCCGAAAAGAUAGUGAAUGGAAUUGGAAAGAAGGGUUCUGGGCUUGUGCCAUACGGGGAGGAGUCUUCAGACUCUGAACAUGAGAACCGCUCUACUGUUGUCAAUCACAAGAAGCCAGAGGAUAAAAGUAAACAGUUCACCAAGCAGACCACUGAAUCUAAUGUGUCAGAAAUAAUGUCCCCUUCUCUUUCAAAGGAAAAGAAAAGUGUUGAAGUUUCUGCCAAGAACUUUACGAGAACGAAUGGUCCUACCAUUUCUCUUAAGAAAAAUACUGUGGGUGGUACAAGUCCUGAGAAGAAAUCUUUUAGUGGUGUUACCAGUCCUGUUUACCAAUCUUCUAGUGGUGGUGCUAGUCCAGAUAAGAAAUCUAAUGGUGGGACCAGUCCUGUCAAGAAGUCCAGUGGUGGUACAAUUCCUGUUAAGAAUUCUAAGAGUGAACCUACCUUAGUUCCCUCCAGAGAUCUUACUGCAGAGCUCAAAAGUAGUGCGUGUUUGGCCAGUCUGAAUUUGAACAGUGGUUCUGUAAGCCCGACAAAGGCAGCGUUAAGUUCUGCUAAGACGUUUGGUCCGCUGCAGCGCAGCAUCAGUGAUUCUCAUCUUAGUGUACAAACAACUCUUCCUGCUAAAAUCAAUGCGACAACGCCAUGGAACGUUCAGUUUAAAGACUCUGCUAUCUCGCCUUCCUUGGGGUCAGAAUCAAGUAAUACAAGUAUAAACUCCACUACUGGUGAGUGGAAGGUUCAGGAUUCGGGGAAAGCUCAGGAGUUUGGACCUCAUGUUGCAGCUGGAUGGACUGUUACUAAAAAUGGUGGACCGUUAGAGAAUGGGCAUGUUUUGCCUGUGUCACAUAAAAGUUCUGACAAUCAAAGUAAAAAAGUUCAAGUUGAAAGGGAGUUGCCAAGUGAUAUGGAAAAACCGAAAUUGAAACCGUUGAUACUUGCUCGGAGAGACAAGGAGGAAAAGGAAGAAAAGGAUCCACUGACUUUGCAUAUAUUUAAGAAAAAUGGCAAAAAGGAGAAAGUGAACGGUGACCCGUUCAAUCAUAAGGAUGCCAAGGCGGAUUCUGAGAUUGACAAGUCAAGUUCUGAGGAUAAAUGGACAGUUAAACAAAAGCUCCUUGAGGAGGAGGCAGAACAGGUGCACCGCAGCAAGAAACAUAAGAAACACAAGAAGCAGAAGAAGCAUAAGAAAGAAAUUUCUGAUUUCAAGUAUGAAAAGUUGGAUGAAAGUACAGAUACUGGGCACAAAAAACACAAGAAGAAGAAAAAGAAAAAGCAUAAACGAAAGGACAAUGAAAAAGAGGAAGUUCCCAAGUUUGACAGUGUUCACAGGCAUGAUGAUAAAGAUGAUGCUUAUCACAGGCAUCAUGAUAAAGUUGAUGGUCAUAAACAUCAUGAUGUUAGUUACAAACACAAGUAUGAUUCUGAACGACUUUCAGACCGGAAUGAAACAGAUCACAGGCGCUGUGAUAAAAAGGAUUCCGAGGACCGGUAUGAUAAAAAUAGAGACUAUGGCUAUAAGCAUCACAGGAAGGAUGAUGGUGAUCACAGGCAUCAUGAUAAAAAGCUCUCAUCUCCCGAUGAUCAUACGUUUCAUAAAAAGAAAUCUGAGGAUAAUUACGGGAAUGAAAAAUCACGGAAACGAUCCUCACCUGAUGAUGAUUAUCACAAGUCGGAGAGUAAAAAGGCCAAGACUGACUAUCGGUGUGAGUUGUCUGGUCGGUCAAAAGAAGGACACCAGUUGCACGAAAAGGAAAGAGAGAAAUCAAGACAUGCUGCUCCAGUACAGCAUUGGGAUCAGCAUGUGAAAGAGGGCUACAAGAGACGCCAUGGUCAGCACGAACCUGUCAAAUCCAAAUCAUUCUGGGAUGGAACGAGAACAUAUGGAGUAGCUGAGGAACUUGAGAAACAGUCAUCAAGUCGAGGUUAUGGUGGGUCAGUACCAUCUUGGGAUGGUGGACAGAGUCACCUUGACCAGGAGGUGGAACGAGACCGCAAGCGGGAUUCUAAACGUGCUUGGGCAGAUGAUUAUGAAGAUGAACUGGAUCAAGGAAAGGCAAAGAAGUACAAGGCAAAUAUCAGUAAAUCAAGCUCUAAUCUUGGUGAUCGGCCAAACAUCUUCCAGAAGUUCCAAGAUCUAAGGAAUGAGACUGGCGACAAGAUACGAUUCGAAAGUCCUCAAAGUGAACGUGACCCAUAUAGAUCGUCCAAAUCGCAUCACUCUCAUCACAAUCACAGUUCAGAUCAUCAUCGCCAUAACAGUCAGUCACGUCAAUACAGUAGCCAUCAACAUCGCCACUGACACAGGCUACUACAAAUCAUUCAAUAGGUGCAACCAUUUCUGAACUCAAGGACGUUAUAGGUGAUAAAAUCUAAUACUACGAGAACAGAAAUUGUGUGCAAUUUUAUCAACGUGUUGUCUUUCAUGACUGGUGUGUGCAGUCAAUGCAAAGAUAGCUAGACAUAUGAAACUUUGUAUAGAUACUAUUUAAAUUCAACUUUGAAAAGAUAUUUUCAAAAAAAUGUAUGUUAUUUAUAACUACUCUAAGAAUUUUGUAGUUGGGUAAUACUGUACAGUGUUCUGUUUCAUGUGUAGGAAAUGGUUCAAACAAUUGUGAUCACAUCCUUCUCGCAAACUGGAUGCGUAUUGAACAUGUCGUUCUUCAUGAAGCUUUUGCUACAGUUUUAAAGGCUAACUCCUUUCGUACAAAGAGUUGAAAUUUGAAUUUGAAUUUGAAGUUCAACAGUGCCGUUGUAUUGGCUGAUCUAAAAAAAUACUGUUAAAACCAUGUUUCAGCGAAUUUUUUCCUGAGUUACAAGAAGAAGAAAAGAGUACCAACAGCGUAGGCCUUUUAAUUAGGGCAGCCCUGAGGCAUUGUGUUUGUCUGAAUAGCUAUGAUAACGAAUCAUUUUAGUUGGUUUAAUGUCCUCAGGUUGUCCUUUGAGACCACCAGGUGAGUUAUCUUUUGGGGUAAAGCAUGCUGAAUUCUGUGGAUUUCGAGUGUAACUUCUGUAUGUCUUCUACCAUAUGACAUAAGAUGUUAUGGAGUGCAGCUUUUGGGCAUGAUCUAGUAUUUCUCAUGAAUUCAUUGGGGGGAGAGCACGCGGUAGCUAUCCAUGAAGUAAAUAUGCACAAACUGUGGCUACAUCCUGCUGCGUUGAUCAGUUUCCUAGAUUAUCAAGUAAUCUUAUAUUCUUACACCUGUUAUAUUCUUAGUACAUGUUAAUGAUUUUAUAAGUCGGGAAAGUGUAUUUGGUUUCAUAUGUAAGUAUUAUGAUAUUAUUAUUUUCUGCAAACAGGCGAACCAUUUUAACUACUUUAGCGUUUAGUGUCUUUCUGUGAAGGGGAUCUUUUUGUGAUUGGAGUGCGUUAAAUUUGCAGUUCCGGGAUUUUGAUACAUGAAUUGUUGGACUUUAUGAAUAAUGAAUUUUCUCUAAAAAAACUUUCAGGGUUGAGUGUACUUUGAAUGGCAUUCACAUAGAUUUGAGCAACUGGACAUUUGCUGAUCUACGACCACGUACACCUGGCUUUAGAUAGCGAAAUGAAGUUGUUACGUGAUUUCAACAGUACCUCGUUGUGUGACGUCCUGUACCAAAUGGUUUUGCACUGAGAUAACGUCACGUGUUUGCUGUCUUGUAUGGCAGCAGUGCUUGUAAUCUGUACCUUUGAGCUAACCACUUGACAAUACUCAGUUGUGUUCUUCUCAUGCCUUUGUUAUGUUGUUGAUUUCCCUGGAAUAUGUCAGCUUCAAUUUGAAUGCCGAGUUUUGGGCAUUAAGCUUAUAUUGAAAGGAGAGGUUAGAAUUUACAUAUGAAGUGCAACAUAAAAUUGUGACUCGCUCUACCAAAACUAGGCGCUUGUCGCAUCUG